GUUUUUUUCUUUCCCUGCAAGUUUCCCCUGUAAAAUAAUUUACAACAAUUCUUUAUUUUGUAAAACUAAAUUUUGUUUAUUUACCAAGUUUCAACUUGUUUUCUUACUCUUUGACGAUUUGAAGACAAAUUUCCAGGCAAUCCAAAUCAUUGUUUAAGUGAAAAAACGAUCAGAUAAUUAAGUAAAAAGGUUAUAACAUCAUGAGUUUAACAACAGGAGUUCCAAAAGGUUCUUCUUGGCAGCCAAACAUGACUGCAGACACAACAACUCCAAGUUACUGGCUCAACUGGCGGGUCUUGCUCUGCACCGUGUGGAUUUCGAUUGCGAUGACUCUUUCGGUGUUUGUGGUGUGCAAAUACGAAGCAAGAACGGGCAUUUCAAACCGCGGUAGCGGCAGAGAAACGCAGCAACAAACGCCUGCAGGAUCAUUGUUUGAGGAUGAGACCUGGAGACCUUGCCUCAAGGGAAUUCAUCCGGCUUGGCUUCUGGCUUUUCGGGUUUUCGCUUUCUUUGUGCUCUUGAUUCUGCUCGUCGUCACCGCUUUCGUGGAUGGAGGCAGCAUUUUUCUCUUCUACACACAAUGGACUUUUACAUUGAUCACAAUUUAUUUUGGGCUUGGAUCGUUGCUCUCCAUUCGGGGAUGCUACUGCUACCAUAAGAAAACUGCCGGCGAUAGGGUUGAUAGUUUUGAGGUGGAUACAGAGCAAGGCUCUACUCGUGCGACUCCUUCGCAUGUAGUUUCUUGUAGUACUUCAACCACAGAGAAAUCCUCAGCCCCCCAUGUCGAACAACCUCAACCUCGCCAACCUGCUGGCUUUUCGGGUUAUGUCUUCCAAAUAAUUUUCCAGAUGAACGCCGGUGCUGUUCUUCUCACAGAUUCCGUCUUCUGGUUCAUACUUGUUCCAUUUCUUGCAAUCAAAGAUUACAACUUGAAUUUUUUCAUUGUAAAUAUGCACACGAUCAAUGCAGUUUUCUUGCUUGGCGAUACCGCUUUGAACAGCUUGCCCUUUCCCUGGUUCCGAAUCGGGUAUUUCUUCCUGUGGACAGUCUUUUACGUAGUUUUCCAGUGGCUCUUCCAUGCUUGUGUCAAGUUCUGGUGGCCGUAUCCAUUUCUAGACUUGUCAUCACCAUAUGCUCCGGUGUGGUACUUGUCCGUCGGUCUACUGCACAUCCCAUGCUACAGCAUUUUUGCUCUGAUAAUGAAGCUCAAACACCAUCUGUUUUCGACGUGGUGGCCUGAAUCGUAUCAAUGCGCGAGGUAGUUCAGGCGGCAAGCUGAAGCCAGACACCGUACAGCAUCCCGAAAGAAAAUAUACUGCCCAAAUUCUUUGUAGAAGGAGAGCAAACAGAAGUCCAGAGAUGACAUUUUAGAAUUAUGGAUUCAAUGCCUUAAACAGAUUGAAGGAAAAUGUUUGUUUGGUGAUUAAUUUUUGGAUGCUCAAAGCAUUACCCUAAUUAGAAGCAUAUACUGGUAGGUUGCAACUUGCAACUGCAUAUACUUAGGCAUAUCAGAAAGAAAUUAUACUCUAUACAUCUUAUUCCUUGUACCAUUCAAUUAA